AUGACAGAGUGUCGUGAAUGGAAAGUUGGCGACAAAGUGUGGGUGAAACCCAAGCACAUAACGCCGUGUACGCAACGAUGGCUGAAAGGAAGUAUAGUGGCAUUGCAUAAUGGUUUAACAGCUGAAGUUGAUGUGAACGGACAUACGUUACCACGACAUUUUUCUCAUCUGCAACAUCGUCGUGUAGACACAAAAGAAGACGAUACAACAGAUGAUUAUGAUUCAACACUAUUUAAACUACCUGAAACGAGCUUAAAACACAUUUUCAAUGAUGAUCCAAAUCUUCAAAUAAUUCCUCCGGAUAAUGGUAAAAAUGACAAUAGUACGGGCAGCGAUCAAAACUAUUCAACAGAUGGUAAAAAUCCAAGAAAUUUCUCACGAAUCAUAAACUCCUCUUUGGAUGCAUCAACAAACCGCACCCUCAGAGACAACCAUCCAGUUCCUAUAAUAUCUGCUAUUUCAUCGACUUUAACCAAGAAUUCAACAGCAUUGUUAGCAGCUUUUACAACACCUCUCCGUAGAGCAUGUCUAGACAAGUUAAAUAUUUCUGCGCUCGAUGCGACACGCAACGGGCUUCUUCAGCAGUUCAUCGAAAGUUUUCUUCUUAAAUUUCAAUUACACGAUAUUGUUGUUGUUGGACAUUUCACUCGUCAUUAUGUUCAGCACAUUAAUCGUCACUAUUUAGAAGCUGCAAUAAAUUGGUGCAAAAAAUUUAAUGGAAGGGGACAAGCAGCAUUAAAGACAGGUUUGUUUCCCCUUAUUAAAGAUAGAGAGACAAUCAACAGGCGAUUAGAUGGAAAAGUGAUUAAUGGAAAAGAAAGAGAUUAUUGUACUAUACUUACAGAUGAUGAAGAAGCAUCUAUUGUGCGUUUUAUAAAAAAUAAGAACAGAUGUUUACAGGCAAUUAACAAACAGGACAUAACCAAAUUAAUUAUUAAUGUGCUUCGUGUGAGAGAUUACACUAAUACAAAAAUGAAAGGUGGACGGAAGUUUCAAAAGUUAUCAUUAAAUGCUCGAGCUACUCUAGAAAAGGGAAAAUUGAGUCGAUCAUUUUGGCUUCGUUUUAAUGCUAAACAUAGCAGCCUUACAAUCAAACGCCAAGGGAGUGUCUCGAUAAACCGUGCACUUAAUUGUUCAAGAGAAAUGGCAUGUAAUCAUUUAGAUUCCCUUGCUAAAGAACUAGUAGAUGUUGGUAUUAUGAUAAAUGAAAAAAUGAUUGAAACAGGGGUUUGGAAUGGCACUGUUGAUACAUGCCGAAUAUUUAAUUGUGAUGAAACACCCCAGUUUAUUAAUUAUGGAAUUGAUGGUACCACUUCUGGAUUAUUUUAUGCUGGCAAAGGAGAUGCAUGUCAAAGAAUGUAUAGAGAAAACAGAGAAUGUGUCACAAUUCAACCAUUUGUUUCAUUUUCAGGCGACAUAUGUAUGUGUCAGGUAAUAUUUAAAUGUACUGGUAUUACUAGUUCUAUGGUUCCAACAGAAGCAGUAAAUAAAAUUCCCAAUUUGUUGGUCACAACUACAGAUAAUGGAGUAUCAACCCAUGAAUCUUUCUUGGCAGCAUUGAAAGAGUUUGAUGUCUACUUAAAUGAAAAAAAUAUUAAGCGACCCAUCGUCUUAUUAUCAGAUGGACAUAGCUCUAGACUAGACUUUGAUGUAUUAUCUUUUUUGGAGUCCAAAAGAAUUCAUCUUUUUCUUACUCCACCAGACACAACAGGAGUUACUCAACUUCUUGACCAAGUAAACAAGAACAUUCAUAGUGAGUAUCGUAAGCAAAAAGACUCUAUGUUUUCUGAUAUCUGUUCCUUAAACAAAGAAGCUUUUAUGUUAGUUUUAGCUAAUAUAUGGGACAAGUGGACAACCAAAGAAACGCUUGUAAAAUCUGCUAAAAGGGUUGGUGUUGCUGAAAAUGCAUUGAGUGUUGAUUUUAUGCAAAAAGACAAAUUCGAACGAGCAGAAAACUGUAUUGAACCAGAAAAACAGACUUCUCCACUAAUUUCUUCGCCGGAUAAAAGACGUGGUUCAGCAAAUUAUUGGAAAUCAAAAUUUGAACAAGCGAUGGAGUUGAUUGAUGAACAUCAUGAAAAGAGCAUUCAGCUGGAAGAAAUACCUGGUUUUAUGACAACCAAAAAGAUAAAGCCAAAAUUAACAAAAGAUGCAACACGUGUUACCCAAGUACAUGGAUCAAUGACUGCAAGCGAUGUAAUAACUCUAGUUGAAAGCAUAAAAAGAAAAAAAGAAAAAGAAAAGGAAAAAAAAGAAAAUGCUGCAAAAAAGAAAGAGGAAGUUACAAGACUCUUUAUAACAUGUAAGCUUCAAUGCUAUUGCGAGGAGAUAAAAUGUAAAGCUUUUGGCUUAAAGCAGUGUCCAACCUGCCUCAAUAUAAUGCGGUCCAUUUGCAGCAAAGCAAACUGCAAAGUAAAUGGAAAAAACCCAGAAAUGAUUUUAUCUGCAGCUGCUAGAAAGAAAUAACUGUGAUAUUCAAAAUCUUUUUUAUUGAAUGAACUAUUUGUUUUAAAUUUGUUGUAAAGACUUGUUCUGGAUAAACU